AUGCCACCCCGCCGAUAUUCGAAUCCGGAAGCGGACUCGAAGCUUGCGGACGACCGUAAGCAAAAGAGGAAGGAGUCGAACCGGAAUUCCGCGAGGAAGUCGCGCGAGAGGAAGGAGAGGUACUUGACGCAGCUCAGGAAGGAGAGAGAAGAGCUUGAGAGGGUGAAUCCCCAGAUUGAGAUGAGGAUUCAAAUGAUACAUUCGAAUUACCUCUACGUCGAUCAGGAGAAUGAUAAGCUGAAAAGAGAGGUGGAGAAAUACUCUGAGCAGCUGACGCAGCUGAGAGAUUUGCUUCGGUUGAUCGAGAUGUCGACCGGAUUGAAGUUGGAUAUCCCUGAGUUGCCGGACCCGGGCUCGACUCUCAAGUCGUGGAAGCUGCCUCUCCUGCCCCUGCCGGGCGUGAACGCUGUGAAAAUGUUCCAGCUUGUGUGA